AUGACACUCCUCAGCACCUCUUCUUCCCCAUUCAGCGCCGACUCGAUGCGCUGCAUUGCGCACGUGGACAUGGACUGCUUCUAUGCACAAGUGGAGGCAGUGCGCCUCGGGCUGGACUGCCGCGUGACGCCUCUCGUGCUGGCUCAGUGGGGGAGCCUCAUUGCUGUGAACUACCCGGCUCGUGCGCGUGGGGUGAAACGCUUCAGCAGAGUGUCUGAGGCACAGGCAUUGUGUCCUGAGCUCAUUAUUGCGCUCUCGCCCAGCUAUCGCAUGGGAGAAGCGACAUACCAGUACCACCCGCACCCCGUACCAGACUCCUACAAGAUAUCUCUGGAGCCGUACCGACAUGCAAGCCGACAGAUCUUCGGCAUUCUCGCCGAAGCUCCAGGAGUACAAGUCGAGAAAGCUGGUCUGGAUGAGGCGUACGUGGACGUGACGGAGGCGGCGCGACGGGAGCUCGCGGAGGUGCGCGCUGCCGCCGCGGGUGCCUCACUGGACCCACUGGUGGACGUGAUGGAGCCGUCGACGCGGCUGAUCGAGGACCGGCGGGCGGAGAUGGAGGCGUGGCUCUGUGCGCGCGGGACGUCGCUGGCUGCUGUGUUCGACGAGCCGAUGCGCGCCCUGGUGCGCGGUGAGUGCGGCGCUGGGCUGGAGGGCAGCCGCGCGUUCUGCGUUGGCGCGGACGACCCUGCGUACGCGGAGCGGUGCCUGUUGCUGUGCGCUGCAUCGCGCGUUGUCCACCGGCUGCGGCAGCGCAUCUAUGCGGAGCUGCACUACGACUGCUCCGCUGGGAUCGCGCACAACCGCGUUCUAGCAAAGUGCAUCAGCGCGACACACAAGCCGAACCAGCAGACGCUGCUGCUGCCUGACCGGGGCGCGAGUGCGCUGUUUGAGCUGCCGCUGAGUGGGCUGCGCGGGUUUGGGGGGAAGCUCGGUGCCGCUGUGAGCGUUGUGUGCGGUGGUGUGACGGAGUGCCGCGAGGCAUGGCUUGUGCCGCUUGCGCAGCUGUACAAGCUUGACGGGACGCAUGAUGCGGGCGUCGGGGCGGAUGCUGAGGAGGACGGGGAAAGGAGAAAGGGUCGACCACUUGCCAGGAAACGGCGGCGCACCGCCUUGUCAUCCCUUGAGAGGGAUCAUCAAGGCUUGGUGGCACACACCACUUCGGAGUACGUCUUCUACCUUUUACGUGGGUUCGGCGAAGACACUGUCUCGAACCGCCCUCUGUCCAAGUCAAUCAUCGCUUCCAAGAACUUUGGGCGCAUCACCACCUCGGUGGAGGUGGUGCGGAGCUGGGUCACCGUCCUGGCCAGCGAGCUAUGUUCCCGCUACAACGAGUUCACUGCUCUGUAUCACUUGCGCGGGCGAAGCUUCAACGUCAAGCUCGGCAAUAGCGGGUUCCGGAGUAUGAGUGGGCUGUCGAGCAACACCGUCGCGCUACCGGAGGCUAUACAGCCGGACGUACUGGCCGCGGUGGCCAUGCGGGAGGUACACGCGGUGUUCCGCAAUAAGCCUGACGCUGCGGCGGAUUCGGUGACGUUGACGAUUGGCGGCUUCGUCUCGGAUGGCACCGGCGAGACCGGUACCGUGCCCUCUCUCACCGCCAUUACUGGCGAAAGGACUACCGCUGGUGAGAAGCGAGUUGCGCGAGGGCAUACGCGCCAGCAGACUCUCCUCUCCUCCUUCAUCGCUGCAGUUGCUGACGGUAGAGGUACUGGUGCAGCGUGUCAGCAGAGCGGCGAUGGCGUGGAGGAGAUUCUCAGCGGUGAUGAAAGGUGGCUUGAUGACUCCGACAGCAACGACUCCGUACACAUCGAGGACGAUGCCGGUAUCCUCUCUCUCUCCUCACAUAGUUUGCGCCCCAGCGGUGACGACACGAGCAGCGUAGUGCUGGUCGGCGAGACACCUCCGUUGCACGAGUGCGAUGUCGUGCCCGAGACUUACAGCGUGGCAAAGGUGAGGACGCUGGAUGUGAGCGAGAGCUCACCAUGGGAGGCAGCAACUGCACCACCACCACCAACACUGCUCUUCUCCUCCCCUCUCCCAACUGGGAAGACGGCGAGUGAGGAGAGCCCAGAGAAGAGUCACAGUGUUACCAAGCACCGUGAAGAGCACCAGCACCAUCUCGGAGGCCACUCCCACGUUGUUUCAAGGCCGGCACCACCAUCUGUACUGGCACUGCCAUUUUUGCCGCCACCUCGAUCGUCCCCUACGUCCGCUAACACCGUCGAAGACGACGGUGAGGAGGACGAAGAUGGUGUCACGGUCAUUGACUGA